AUGCUCUCCAUUUUACUUUUUGUGUUUUUUGAAAGAGUAUCUUUUUUUUUAGUGCGUACCCAUUUGUUUUUGUACAGCACACAGAACAUUCUUUCCAGCCGGGUUGAUGGCGUGAUUCUUGUGCACUUUUUUAUUUGUUUGGCGUACUUUUUCUGCAUUGCAGGAGGAGCUAUUUCGGCCAAAAUAGGGGGGCAGUGUCUAUUAAUAGCAGGCUCUUUGGUUCUGUACUGUGCGGGAGCUCUGCUCGUCACAUUGUCUUCAUUGAUUAACGGAAAACUCUUUCUAUUUCUGGGAAUUCUUCUCAUUUCCUUCAGUGCGGGUUGCAUAAAGCCAAAUAUAACAACCCUAGGAGCAGACCUAGUGUACAAUGGAGAGACCAGAGUCUCUAAAGACCGGUUGGUGCGUGAUAGGAAUGAGGCUGUGGUUGGGUUCUUCUCUGUUUUCUAUUUUGUUGUCAACUUGAGCAGUUUCCUUGUUCUCUUCAUUACGCCUAGUGUUGUAAACAGCAUUCUCUCUGUUUUUAUUGAUUCGUACGCAAUAAGCAGGGAGAAUUUGAAGAGCCUGGAUAUUUCUGAAUAUUUUCUGAUUUUCUUUUUUUCUCUUCUGUGCACUCUCACGGCCCUAGUGGUUUUUAUGUUUAUUGUUGUGGACUGCAAAAUAUUCAAACGACAAAAACAGGAAAAAUCUGUAGAUAGCGGCAUGGGCCGAAAAAAUAGCGAAGAUCUUGCAAAAAAAGUAGGGCUUAGAGGAUACAGCCUAAAAGACAACAUUCCUCUGAUAAUCGGGUGGAUGAUCUACGACCAGAUGAGCUCUACGUGGAUAGACCAGGGGAAAAGAAUGAACUGCAGUGUAGAUCUUUUUGGAAAAUCAGCCAGCAUAGCGCCCUCUCAGCUAAUACUCCUCAACUCACUCGGCCUUCUCUUUCUCCUGCCUUUCUAUGAUAGGAUAGCAAACAAAACUCUAUCUUUUUUCAAACUGUCGCAUGCCCAUCGUUCAAGAAUGGUGUAUGGCCUGUGUUCAAUAGGAGCAUCAUACUUCUUCUAUUUUAUUCUCGAGGUGUACAUGCUGCACAGCAAAACUACGCCAUCUAUUCUGUACCAGCUGCCGCAGAUACUCGUUAUUACAAUAGGAGAAGCGCUGAUUAGUGUCUCGGGAAUGGCUGCCGCAUACAACGGAGGAUCAGCCAGCGAAAAAAGCAUUGCAAUGGGGUACUGGUACUUCAACAUGGCAGUGGGCAAUUUACUAGUUAUACUUCUCUCCACUUUCUUUAAAUAUCUGAAUGUCUCAACCGAGUACCAAGCUGCUACUUACUUGCUGCUGAUUGCAGGAACAACAGGAAAAAUGGUGCAGAAUAGAAGAAAGUCUGCUGAUGUUGCGUCUUAG